AUGUCCGCGUCGUCCAGCUCGGUCCUCCCGAGCAAAAGAUUCGGAUCGAUCUACGCGUCGCUGCCGCCCGACGCGCAGCGCGCCUUGCUCGAGAAGCAUUUACUGCCAUUGUUGGACAAGACCCCGGACACGAGCGUCCUAGACGCCGCAAAAGCGCUCCAAACGCGCCUCCUCGGCCUGCCCCCCCUCCGCCUCUCCGAGCGCACACUCCUAACAACGCGCCUGAUCCACGCGCUCGAGCGCCAGCCCACACACGCGCCGCACCUCGACGAGCUCACGGACACCCUAUCCCUCUGGUGCACGGACAUAUUCAGCGUUGUGUUCUCGUAUAAAGUUCAGUUUGCUGAGGCGCAUGAGUGUAUGAUGGUGGUUGCGAGGGCGGUGGGCGAGGCGGGCGAGGCGUGUAUGGGCGUGGGCGGGUGCCAUUGUACGACGGAUCGCAUGCCGUUUGAUGUGGUUUUUGAGGAGAGGAGGAGCGGGAGGCGGGUAAGGGAUGUGCAGGUGGGCGGGAUGGAGGGGUUCGAGGUUAAGGUGCUGCGAUGGCUGUGGAGGGAACUGUGCGUUGGUGCGCUUAGUGCGAGUGCAGAUGAGGAGGAGGGCGGGAUGGGGAAGGAGAAGGCGGAGGAGUUUGUGAGGGGUGUGUUGGAGGAUGUGGAGGAUAUGAUGGGGUGGAGAGGCGUGGUGGGCGUGUUGUACGGCGGGAAGACGCGCUGGGACCGGAGCGACGAGUUUGACGAGGACGAGGUGGAGUUCGACGACGAGUCCGUGUCCUCGUCCGCCUCGCAAAGUCAAAAAGACCCCGACGAAGUCGACAAUGAUGAGGAGGAGGACGAAGAAGAGAUCGUCUCAGACGACGGCGCCGACGGCUGGGAAGACGAACCCCGCCGCCGCUCCAACCCCCUGCACGCCCCGCACUGGCCUCCUCACUACACCCCCCACGCCUCAGCGCUCCACGCCCUCACUACCACGCACCUCGCCAAAUCCUUCUCCCGCGCGCCCUGCGCAGAGCUCUACACAGCCCUAACCCACCUCUCGCCCCCCACCGCCCACACGCUCCUCCAGUCCCUCCCCAGCACAGCCCUCUCCUCCCCCGACGCCCUCGCGCCGUGCCUCACCAUCCUCCUCCGCGAGCCCGCCCCCAACGCGCCAAAAAUAUGGGAUUUACUGGAAAAAGGCCGCCACCUCCUCCGCCCGCGCGAUAGCGCCGUGCUGCAGCGCGUCGCGAGCACGCUCGGCACGGUGGCGGGCGAGAAGGGGAGGGCGGGCGCGUUGGUGUUAAGGGAGCUGAUUCAGAGCGCGAGGAGUAUACACGGCGCGCUGUUGGGCGUGUUUCCGAGGCUGGACGAGCCGCGCGUGCGGAGGGAUCUUGCGCGCGUUUUGCGUAUCGAGCGGGGGGAGAUUAAUCGGGCGCAGGCUGGGGAGGGGGAGGGAUAG